UCAGCACUAAAAUGCUAUCCCGUUAGAACACCCCGUCAACGGGUUGUGCCAAAGCUGUGCUCACCGCGCCUCGCUUCCUCUCCACAAUACGAACACGGACGAAAAGAACACCAUGUUAUCCAGAUUUAAAGACGCUACAUUUCAGCAGUGAAAAGAGGAGGGAGAGACGGAGGAGAGUGAACUAACAAAAUAGGCUAGAAAGGGACACAGAGAAGAGAGAAUCCCACCGACCAUCUGCGUGAGGCGAGAGAGUGGAGAAGGAGGCCAACCGGAGAGCAGCAGCCGACUGCGCUGUGGAAUAACCUACGGUUUCCGUUGAUUUGAAACCAGAAUUUUGAAUUGUAUUUAUUAUUCUGCGAGACAUUUGACUAAAUUCCCACAAAAUGUCAUCUUCUGGCAAAGACAACAGCGCACACUAUAUGAACUAUGUGGGACCUUAUCGUUUGGAAAAGACCCUCGGCAAAGGACAGACAGGCCUGGUGAAGCUGGGAAUCCACUGUGUCACGUGUCAGAAAGUGGCCAUCAAGAUCGUCAACAGAGAGAAACUCAGCGAGUCUGUCCUCAUGAAGGUGGAGCGAGAGAUAGCCAUUCUGAAGCUCAUAGAGCAUCCUCACGUUUUAAAGUUGCACGACGUCUACGAAAACAAGAAAUAUUUGUAUCUGGUGCUAGAGCACGUGUCAGGGGGAGAGCUGUUUGACUACCUGGUCAAGAAGGGACGGUUAACGCCCAAGGAGGCCAGGAAGUUCUUCAGACAGAUAAUCUCAGCUCUGGACUUCUGCCACAGUCACUCCAUAUGUCACAGAGAUCUGAAGCCAGAGAACCUGUUGUUAGAUGAAAAGAACAACAUUAGGAUAGCAGACUUUGGCAUGGCGUCUCUGCAGGUCGGGGAUAGUCUGCUGGAGACCAGCUGCGGAUCUCCUCACUAUGCCUGCCCAGAGGUCAUAAGGGGAGAGAAGUACGACGGGAGGAAAGCAGACGUGUGGAGCUGUGGGGUCAUCCUCUUUGCACUUUUAGUGGGCGCCCUGCCAUUUGACGAUGACAACCUGAGAAACCUGCUGGAGAAGGUGAAGCUGGGUGUUUUCCAUAUGCCUCACUUCAUCCCUCCAGACUGUCAGAACCUCCUUCGGGGCAUGAUCGAGGUGGAUGCCACUAAGAGACUCACGUUAGAGCAGAUCCAGAAGCACAACUGGUACAUAGCUGGGAAGAACGAGCCAGAGCCGGAGCAGCCUGUCCCCAGGAAGGUGGCCAUCAGAACCCUGAGCACUGAGGAGAUAGACCCGGACGUCCUGGAGAGCAUGCACUCUCUGGGUUGCUUCAGAGACAAGGGCAAACUCACCAAAGACCUGCUUUCUGACGAUGAUAACCAGGAGAAGAUGAUCUACUUCCUGCUGCUGGACCGGAAGGAGAGGUACCCCAGUCAGGAGGACCAGAACCUCCCUCCGCGCAGUGAGAUAGCUGACCCGCCCAGGAAGCGUGUGGACUCCCCCAUGUUGAACCGCCAUGGGAAGAGGAGGCCGGAGAGGAAGUCUAUGGAAGUGCUGAGUGUCACAGAGGGGGGCUCUCCUGUACCCGUACGACGAGCCAUCGACAUGGCCACACAUGGACAGAGUAAGUCUGUUUUCAGUAAAAGCUUGGAUAUCACAAACGCUAACCUCACCAAAGAAGAAAGGUCACGGUCUAUUAGCGGAGCAUCCUCCGGUCUCUCCACUAGUCCUCUCAGCAGUCCCAGGGUGACCCCCCACCCCUCUCCGCGGGGGAGCCCCCUCCCCACCCCCAAGGGCACUCCAGUGCACACACCCAAGGAGAGCCCGGUGGGCACCCCCAGCCCCACGCCACCCCCCAGUCCCUCCAUCGGCGGGCUGCCCUGGAGGACGCGUCUCAACUCCAUCAAGAACAGCUUCCUGGGCUCGCCGCGCUUCCAUCGCAGGAAAAUGCAAGUUCCCACCCAGGAGGACAUGUCCAGCCUCACGCCAGACUCUUCACCAGAGCUUGCCAAGAAGUCAUGGUUUGGUAACUUCAUCAACCUGGAGAAAGAGGAGCAGAUCUUUGUGGUGAUCAGAGACAAGCCUCUCAGCUCCAUCAAAGCAGACAUCGUUCAUGCCUUCCUCUCUAUCCCCAGUCUGAGCCACAGCGUGAUCAGUCAGACUAGUUUCCGGGCGGAGUAUAAGUCUACAGCCGGUCCUACGGUGUUUCAGAAGCCGGUCAAGUUCCAGGUGGACAUCACCUACACAGAGAGCACCGCCGCCACCAAAGAGAACGGCGUCUAUUCGGUCACCUUCACCCUGCUGUCAGGUCCCAGCCGGCGUUUCAAGCGUGUGGUGGAGACCAUUCAGGCUCAAUUGAUGAGCUCACAUGACCAGCCCGGGGUCCAGCAGAUCUCUGAUGUCUCUCAGCGGUCAGACACUCUGACCAGCAAACCCUCCAAGCGUGGCAGCCCGUUGAGUAACUUCUUUGACGUAAUUAAACAGCUUUUUUCAGACGAGAAGAACAGCCAGGCGUCGCACAACCCCACUGGCACGCCCGGCACACCUAACCCCGCCCCCGCCAAGCAUGCCCCCGGCAGCAGGCGAAAUGAGCCAUGUCCCCCACCCACUCAGCCCCAGCCCACCCAGCCCACUGACUCUAAAUGCCCCCCGCCUCCGGGCAAAGACAAACAAACAAAGAUGGCCGCCACCAGCCGGACUGGGGAACAACCUUAAGACCGGAGAGAAGUAGCUAGCUCUCGGUUGCAUGAUUAGAUAAUAACCACCUGUUAUCAGGUCAUUCAAAACCCAAUACAAACACACAAGAGUGUAUGAGAGAUGAGAAAUGAAAUGAGAGAUGCUGCUGGUUUCUUUGCUUUAGUCAGUAGGCUUAGUGUGUGUGUCUCGAGAAAAUCUACUUUUGAUUAUCGCUGAGAUAAACUUUUGUACUGUAUAAUAAUGGAAUGACUACUAUUUGAGUUUAGCAAUCGAUCAUUGAUCAGUAUUUGACAAUAAUAAGUUCCACAUGUAGCCAUGUUUCUUUUCUGUUCCUCUACCCUCUCGUCCCUUUCCCACGCCGUGGGGUGUGUGUGCCGGUGUGUGUGUCUCCUCUGCUCUGUGAUGAUGGCUUGACCUUGUCUCUACCACCAGGGAUCAUCACUAAAACCUAUUAGAGAAACAAGAUGGAGGACAGUGUGUGUCCCAACCUGGGGCACUUUGUCAACAACGGGAGUAAGUGAGCCAGAGACGGAGGACAAGAGAAAGACUUCACACACUUCACACUGCUGGCCCCCUCCUCCCCAAGCACCCCUCAUCCCUACUGCUUUCCACCUGCACACACACACACACACAUACACAAAACACCAGAGUACUAGAGACUCUCUCUUCAUCGUGACAGACACCCAGAGACAUAUUAGCCGUAGAGUUGGAGAAAAGCCUUAAAAAGACAAUAAUGUUUGUCAAACCUAUACUACAAGCAUCCCCUCUCCUCCUUUCUCUCCUCAUUGUCUUUCCUCCUACACACACACACAUACACACACACGCCCACACACACCGGGGGGAUGUAAAGACUUGUGCACAAAGACGAAUGGAAGUAGAACCACUGGCUCCUAUGAAAGUUGGAGAGAGGAGGCGCGACUCUUGGACGUUGGAUGGACGUUGGCUGAACGUUGGCUAAACGUUUGCUGGAUUGUAAUUAUUUUUAAUGUAGUCCUUCUUUGUGAACUACAGGAUUUUAACACUUUAGACUUCUUCAGACUCUGUGUCAUUGCUGUAAAUGAAAUGAAAUUUAGUUAAUUGACUUUGGGUGGGCAUUUGGGGAGGGAGGGAUACACAAAUGAAUGAUCUAUUCUGUUGUACAGACUAUCUAUGUUACCAUAUGUACAAUGUUUGUGUAGUUGUGACAUUAUGUUUAGCUAAGAAUUGUGUUAACUUAUCACUAUCUUUUGUGUUUUCUACUUUUUGGAUGCGUUUUAUUGAUUAAAUGUUGUAUUUUAUUUUCGGUUACCUUUUGAAGGAUGAAUCAUUUCAGGGUUUAAUUUUUUUCCAUUUUGUUUUGUUCAUGUUCCUUUGAAAUAUCUGCAGGAUUCAGACAACAGUGGACAUAAUUAUUGUAUAUAUUUGUGUACCUUAUUGUAUUUUUUGUCAUGUUUGUUUUAAUUUAUUCUGGGUUAUUUAUAUAAAUGAUGUAGAAAAUGUAUUAGAUAAUUUAAGGAUUGUUUUUUUGUCAUGUUUAAUUUAUUGAUCAUUGCGAAUUCUUGAAAUGUUUUUGUGAACAUUCAUUCUUUCCCAGCUUCGAUGAAAAAGCUUGUAAUAUAUACAUUUGGCAAAUGAUUUACAGUAAUUUAAGAAUGUAGACUAGUCUCUUUGAGAGGAACGAGCCCUCUGUUGACAAUAAUUGUCCGUUCCUUCUCGUUGUGUGUGUACGACGACAAAGACAACACUCCAGCCACUCGCCUUGUAAAUACAAACAAAUUUGCUGACAAACUUAUUUAAAAAACCAAGGGGAUUUCUACUCUUAGCUUUUACCUUGUAUUGUCGUUUGCAUGUCCAACAUUUGUCUUUUCUUUGCAUGUUGUUGUUGGAAUUGUUCUGUCCCUUUUCCCCCCUUUCCACCCUCUUUCUUUCUUUCUUUCUUUCUUUCCUGUCUGUUAAUUUGUUUCUCUUAUUUUUCUUUUCUCUCACCACUUCGGUUGUUUGUUCGUCUUUGAGUUCUUUUUCGCACCCUCCCCUCUCCUUCCUUAUACUGUUGUGCACAUUUACUGUGCAAUGCAUCCUCUGCACACACACACACACACACACACAAUCUCUCUCAAAGAGAGACCUGAUACUCUGGUCACGAACUCUGUCUGGGGUGGGUAUUGGUAUCAGAGAGAUAAAAUAAAGCAAUACCUAUCAUUGUUAUUCUUUCUAUUUUGUACUAUUGGGUAACCAGGCCACACAGGAUGAUGGACAUACAGUAGAACAAAACACCAGGAGCGCUGGUAUUUAGCAGGAAACCACUGGCAAUGUAUCCCCUUGUGACAUAACUGUGAACAACUUCAGUGCAAAAGGAAAUAAAUCUGUUGACUUUG